CUGACAUAUUAGUUUAGUUAUUUGUUUAUUUUAAAGCCAUAUACACUUCAUUUAAUUCCAUGACAAUGGAUAAACAAGGCAAGAAAUACUUCAACAAGAAUAUAAGUGGAAACUGGUUUAUGCACACUGGUAUGCCACAGACUGAACCAAGGCGUGAGUUGUGCACCAGCACAGGAUCCAUGUUGGCACAUGGAGUUCCUAAAAACCUGACAGAAGGAAUUAAGAGAUAUCCCAAAAUAUUUAACACUCCUGAAAAGAAAACUAUGGGUAGAGAAUAUCCAUUCUCAGUGCAUGAUAACCGUACUGCUCUACAGAACACCAUUCAUGCAUAUGAACAGGGUGUAGGCCGUAAGAAGUGUCUUGACGAACGUCGCCAGCAUAACUCUCAUUACUGCCUGUGCCAUCGCAACACUCUGGUCGAGUCAGGAAAGUGGGACCACUCUGCCUAUGAUAUUGACUUCCUGUCCAAACAGGAAACAGAGUGCACAGACGUCCUCAAAAGGCGUUUCCCCAGAAACCAUUCUUCAAGAUCUCAAAUAAAUGCUGCAGCUCAUACUGGGGAGUGUUUCAUGUGGUUUGGAAGGGCCGACUCUAACCAGCACACUCCACUAAGUGUACUUGCAGAAGCCAACCACUCCGUAACUGCUAAAUAGCAAUACAAUCAGAGAUUAUUAAACUACU